AUGGAUUCUUCGCCAGCUGGCGAUCCACAGCCAUACGUCCUCGUUGAGGUACCCCAAGGCGUGACACCAGAGAGGUAUCAGGACGGAGCGAACGAGCUCGCACUGCCGACCGUCCCACCGAGGUCUCUUUCAGCACCACCAGGCCCGGUUCCAGAAAGGAAGCCUUCAGCUCACGAAACAGGAGGGCUGCCACUAGUUGCAGCGGUUCCGUCGCAGCAAUCGCCUGACGGAUUGACUUCGCCUGGUGAGGAAACAGAGAAGGAAAGCCACUUUGCAAAGAGGUUUAUGGGCAACAUGCUCGUCGCCCGUCUCGGACGCGCUGGCGUGCAGUCAGUGACGUCUACCAUGAAACUGCCGUUGUACCUAUCGCCCUGGGGUGAUAAUAAUCCGUUCGUCCUUCCGAACCUUCGGAAGCGCGAUCUUGCUCUGGCGGGAGUAAUGCACUUCGGAGCCGACGCCUUGAUUGGUAGUUCCCUGACAGCCGUCGAGACCGUUGUUCAACAUGGCGCCACUUGGACAGCUGAGCAGAGCAUGGAUCAAGGUUAUGACAAGAUACGAGGCGGCAGCAGGCCUCACAGCGUGAAACGUCAGGCCGGAUUGACCAGUGUUGAGGUUAGGAUCAAGCACAAGUUGAUCGGAGAAGAGGCGACCCUUAGAUUUUUCGAGUCUAGAGACACCGCACAUGUUUUGAGUUGCGCUAGAGGAUGGUUUUGCCCCUAUCUAUAUUGCUCAAGUCGGGUAUCUCAGUUGUCGAGAAUGAAAGAUUUCACGGUGGUGGAAGUCAUGGGACCGGGAUUGAAAGCUGAUGCCGCGCUGGCGCCUACACUGUUGUCAUGCAUCACUAAUGAGGAUGCACCAAUCUGUAGGUUGGAUGCAGGUGAAGAUGCUGGGACAACUAGUAGCCAUUACAAGCGACUGGGGAUUUUCUUCAUGGGCAUUUCACCGUAUCGCACGGCUUCGACAUGGUCACAGGCUAAGGUGCCUGGUGAAGCAAGAAUCCGCUUUCACCUUCUCACUCACAUUCCAGCAAUUGUCAUACCUAUCAAGUCGUCAGCGCCUGUGUGCGCCUGGAGUCCGUCAACGCUGGAUCAGAUGCUCAAUAGUAGAGAAGAGUACAAUGAUGAAGUUCACCGAGAUGGUAUUCUUCGGUAUCUGGAUACUGUUAUUGACGUUUCCUACAUGAGGGUUCAGAGUCGAGAUACCUGGCGGCUAGAACUUUCAGCUGCAUUGGACCAGAUACUAAUUGGGACGAAAAGUAUUCCGUCGGCCCUGGGCUCGAUCGCGGAUGCAUUUUCAAACGAGCAUGGCGGCAUCGUCAUGUUCAGGUUUUAG